GGCUGCAGGAGGCUGGGCGCGCUGUGGAUUCUGUCCCACCAGCAGGAUGGUGAAUCUGGAGUCUGUGCACACAGCUGUCCCUGAAGAAGGUUCUGACCCCAGGCGUGGUGGCAGCUGUCACUUUAAGGCACUCAAGAUGAGUGGCGAUGUGGCAGACUCCACAGAAGCCCAGAACGAACCCGACCAAGUGGAACCAGGGAAUGAACGAAAUGGGCUGGACUUUCACAGACAGAUUAAAACAGAAGAUCUCAGUGAUUCCUUGCAAUCUCCGGUACAGCCCAGAUCAGGCCAUCUAGGACAAGGAUCAUCAAUGAUGCCUGGAAGCCAAAUCACCGGGGAUAUGAGUUCUCUUCACACCCUGCAGCAGCUUGUGCUGGUUCCCAGUCCUAUGCAAUCAGUUCCUCAGUUCCUGCUCUCUCAGGCCCAGGCUGGGCAACAAGCUUUGCAGCCAAAUAUUCUCUCCUUUCCCCAGCAACAGAGCAGCCUCAUCCUCUCGCAGCCCGGACCCAGCCUAGCAUCACAGGCAGUGGGACGUUCAGGGCUCCCUGGGCCGUCUUUAGAGCCCCAUCUGGAGGUGCCACAGCACUUGCAAGUUGCAAAACACAUGCCGUCUUCAGCCGUAUCAGACGAACCCAGUGACCUGGAGGAGCUGGAGAAGUUUGCCAAGACUUUUAAGCAGAGGCGAAUCAAACUGGGGUUCACCCAGGGCGACGUAGGGCUGGCCAUGGGUAAGCUGUACGGCAACGAUUUCAGCCAGACCACCAUCUCCCGCUUCGAGGCCCUCAACCUGAGCUUUAAAAACAUGUGCAAGCUCAAGCCCCUGCUGGAGAAGUGGCUGAGCGAUGCAGAAUCCACUCCCUUGGACUCCUCCGUGAGUACCCCAAAUUCCUACCCUUCAGUGAGCGAAAUGUUUGGGCGGAAGAGAAAGAAACGUACCAGCAUCGAGACCAACAUUCGUUCCACUCUGGAGAAGAGAUUUCAAGAUAACCCCAAGCCCAGCUCGGAAGAGAUCUCCAUGAUAGCAGAGCAGCUCUCCAUGGAAAAGGAAGUGGUUCGGGUUUGGUUUUGUAAUCGGCGCCAGAAGGAGAAGCGGAUCAGCUGUCCAGUGCCAUCCCCCAUAAAAUCACCCAUCUACAAUUCCAGACUGGUCUCUACCUCCGGGUCCCUGGGCCCUCUCUCAGUCAAUCCGAUCCACAGCACCAUGCCUGGGACAGUAACAUCAUCAUGUUCCCCUGGGAACACCAGCAGGCCCUCGUCCCCCAGUACAGGGCUCCAUGCCAGCAGUCCCAGUGCAUCCCAGAGCAACUCUAAAGCCACAAUGAACUCAUCCAACUUCAAUCCUUCUGGAUCUUGGUACCGAUGGAAUCAACCCACUUAUCUCCAUUGAGGCUAUUGCUCCAUCAUGCACAAGGGAGCCCUGACUUCUA